AUGGAUUAUCUUGAGCAGGAAAAUCGGGUACUUCGUGAAGAAAUGACAGUCAUGCAGACUAGGAUGGACGAGAUGGCUGAAUUAAUAAAAACAAUGGCAGAAACUCAGACUCAAGCUCAAGCACAGAUUCAAGCACAAGCGCAAGCAUUGGCACAAGCGCAAACUCAAGCUCAGGCCGUAACAGAAGCACAGGCCCGAUCACAAGCACCUCCACCCCCUCCUCCCAUCAGAACUCAGGCCGAGGCGUCUUCUUCUUGGACACUAUGUGCUGACACUCCAACGCAGUCCGCUCCGCAACGUUCCGCGCCUUGGUUUCCACCUUUCACUGCUGGGGAGAUAUUUCGUCCUAUCACUUGUGAAGCUCAGAUGCCCACUCACCAGUACACGGCUCAAGUACCCCUACCUGCCAUGAGGGUCACUCCAGCCACCAUGACCUACUCAGCACCUGUGAUACAUACAGUCCCGCAAACCGAAGAACCUAUCUUUCAUUCAGGGAAUGUAGAGGCUUACGAGGAAGUAAACGACCUACGAGAAAAGUAUGAUGAACUACGCCGAGACAUGAAAGCCCUCCGUGAAAAAGGGAAAUUUGGGAAGACUGCGUACGAUCUCUGUUUGGUACCGAGUGUGCAGGUACCUCACAAAUUCAAGAUUCCAGACUUCGAGAAAUACAAAGGGAGUUCUUGCCCUGAGGAACAUCUAAAAAUGUAUGUGAGAAGGAUGCCUGCGUAUGCCCAAGAUGAUCAGAUUCUUAUUUACUACUUCCAAGAAAGCUUGACCGGCCCUGCUUCAAAGUGGUACACAAACCUAGACAAAACAAGGAUUCAAACUUUCCGUGACCUUUGCGAAGCUUUCGUGGAACAGUACAGUUACAAUGUAGACAUGACUCCGGACCGAAGUGAUCUCCAAGCCAUGACUCAGGGAGAUAAAGAGACGUUCAAAGAAUAUGCCCAACGGUGGAGAGACACCGCUGCCCAAGUCAGCCCACGGAUUGAGGAGAAAGAGAUGACCAAGCUCUUCCUAAAAACUUUGAAUCAUUUUUAUUACAAAAAGAUGGUCGGAAGUACACCAAAGAGCUUCGCGGAGAUGGUUGGUAUGGGAGUACAGUUAGAAGAAGGAGUCCGAGAAGGACGCUUAGUAAAGAAUACAACUCCUGUCAGUGGGACCAAGAAGACCGGGAACCAUUUCCCGAGGAAGAAAGAACAAGAAGUCGGUAUGGUGACUCAUGGAGGGCCUCAACAAACUUAUCCAGCCUAUCAACACAUUGCUGCCAUCACACCCACCUCUCACCCUUUUCAACAAACGAAUAACCAUCCUCAAAUACCACAAUAUCCUCAAAUACCACAAUAUCCUCAAUUCCCACAAAAUCCUUCACCACAAAAUGUCCAACCACAAAGUGUCCAACAACAAAAUUUCCAACAACAACCAUACCAACAGCAACCAUACCAACAGCAACCAUACCAACAAUACCCAUAUCAACAAUACCCUCAACAAAAUUUCCAACAACAACCUUAUCAACAACGCCCACAACAACCUCGACCACCAAGAAUGCCGAUUAACCCAAUACCAGUCACCUAUGCAGAAUUACUUCCCGGCUUACUCAAGAAAAACCUUGUCCAAACUAGAACAGCUCCUCCUAUCCCAGAAAAACUACCAUCUUGGUAUAGACUUGACCAGACUUGUGACUUCCAUGAAGGGGGCCGUGGCCAUAACAUUGAAACUUGUUAUGCCUUUAAAAGCACAGUGCAGAAGUUGAUCAAUGAUGGAAAAAUAACUUUCACAGACUCGGCGCCAAAUGUUCAAACAAACCCAUUGCCGAAUCAUGGUGCCGCAACAGUCAACAUGAUCGAAGAUUGUCAAAAGACUCGUCCCAUUCUGAAUGUUCAACGUAUCAGAACACCCUUGGUCCCGUUACAUGCCAAGUUAUGCAAAGUCGACCUUUUUGAGCAUGAUCAUGAUCUCUGUGAAAUAUGCCUUAUGAACUCCGGAGGAUGUCAGAAAGUAAGAAAUGAUAUUCAAGGGCUUCUAGACCGAGGAGAGCUUGUGGUCGAAAGGAAGUGUGAUGAUGUGUGUGUAAUAACUCCCGAAGGACCUUUGGAAGUAUUUUAUGACAGUCGAAAGUCAACUAUCACCCCUCUGGUGAUCUGCUUACCGGGUCCACUGCCAUAUGCUUCUGAAAAAGCCAUUCCAUACAAAUACAAUGCCACCAUGAUUGAAGAGGGUCGUGAGGUUCCAAUACCGCCUUUGUCUAGUGUGGAUAAUGUUGUUGAAGACAGUAGAGUUCUGAGAAAUGGGCGCGUUGUUCCCAUAGUGUUCCCAAAGAAGAUUGAUGCUAUAAUAAACAAGGAGGUUCGGACUAAAGAUGCUGGUAUCGCCAAAGAAGUGGAUCAACCCAAUGGGGCUGGUACAAGUGCAGAGUUUGACGAGAUUCUCAAGUUAAUAAAGAAGAGCGAGUACAAGGUUGUUGACCAACUGAUGCAGACUCCAUCCAAAAUAUCCAUAAUGUCUUUAUUACUAAAUUCUGAGGCCCAUAAGGAUGCAUUAAUGAAGGUCUUAGAACAAGCUUUUGUGGAUUAUGAUGUAACAGUGGGACAGUUUGGCGGAAUAGUAGGGAACAUCACUGCAUGCAACAACUUGAGUUUCAGUGAUGAAGAGCUCCCAGCAGAAGGGAGGAACCACAAUCGGGCGCUGCAUAUAUCUGUGAACUGUAAAACCGAUGCUUUGUCAAAUGUACUGGUGGAUACUGGAUCAUCUUUGAACGUGUUGUCCAAAACAACUUAUACCCAACUCGCUUACCAAGGCGCACCUUUAAGACGAAGUGGGGUAAUGGUGAAAGCUUUUGAUGGCUCGAGGAAGGAUGUCCUUGGUGAGGUGGUUCUACCUAUCACAGUUGGGCCACAAGUUUUUCAAGUUAAUUUUCAAGUCAUGGACAUUCAAGCUUCAUAUAGUUGCUUACUGGGUCGACCCUGGAUUCACGAGGCAGGGGCUGUCACAUCCACGCUGCAUCAAAAGCUGAAGUUUGUGAAGAAUGGGAAGCUAGUAACUGUAAACGGUGAAGAGGCUUUAUUGGUGAGUCAUUUGUCAUCUUUCUCUUUCAUUGGGGCAGACAAUGUCGAAGGGACACCUUUUCAAGGGUUUACUAUAGAAGAUAAGAAUACCAAGAGGAACGAAGCCUCUAUCUCGUCUCUGAAAGAUGCUCAGAAGGUCAUACAAGCAGGAGGGUCCACAAGCUGGGGAAAGCUGAUAGAGCUUCCAGAAAACAAGCACCGAGAAGGUUUGGGUUUCUUCCCAUCUACUGGUUUGUCCACAGCCAAGAAGGGCACUUUCCACAGUUCGGGCUUUAUCCAUGCAAUCAUUGGAGAUGAUCCUGAAAGUGUGCCACGAGGUUUUAUAACACCAGGAGUAUCCAGCCACAAUUGGGUUGCCAUAGAUGUUCCUUUUGUUGCUCACUUGUCCAAGUAA